AUGUUAAACUACUUGCGAACGCCAGAAACUCGAACCAGCCAAAUUGCCCCGACAGUCGGCUAUUCAGUCACGAACUUCACCACGGAGAGUUUCAGUUUUACGGCUUUCGAUAUGGCUGGACAAGGAAAAUACCGUAACCUGUGGGAGACGUACUACCUGAACGCUCAAGCCGUGAUUUUUGUGGUGGAUAGCGCCGAUCGGUUACGAGUUGCUGUGGCAAGAGAUGAGUUGUGGAUGAUCCUCGACCAUAAGGAUAUCAGUGGGCGACCGAUUCCUAUCCUAGUGCUCGCCAACAAAAUGGACGCCAAAGAUGCGAUGGCUGCAGCGGAGAUCUCAACCAGCCUAGGCCUUGAUCUAAUCAGAGGUCAUAAAUGGAAUAUCCACGCCACGUGUGCUCUUGAAUGGAGCAGGAGUUCAACGGGCUAUCGAAUGGCUGACGAAGGAAAUCAGAGCAUACUUGGACUCGUUGAAAUGAAUUCAUAG